GCCACGGACGGCAGGGCGGCACAACACUUGUUGCCGACGGUCGCGAGCGCUGCUGUUACCCGUACAGUUUCACAACUACAGGAUGGUUCGAGCAAGUUCUCUGUUGGCCAGCUGCGUACUCUUCGCGCUGCUUCUCGUCCUGCCAGCAGCGGCUUAUCCCAGGUAUCCGAGCAACUACUAUCAUGAAGAGGGCCAGUACGAACCAGAAGAAAUCGUGGACAUGUUGAACCGCCUCGGUAAUCUCAUACAGAUUGAACGCAAAAUGGAAAACUUUAAAGACGACAUAACUAGUGAGAAGCGAGCCCUUGAUCUUGGUCUCAGCCGCGGCUACUCCGGUGCACUCCAAGCCAAGCAUCUGAUGGGUUUGGCUGCGGCCAACUACGCUGGCGGACCCGGCAGGAGGCGACGGGAUGCGCAUUAAACAUCACAAUUUCAUUAGAGGCAUCCUUUAAUCAUUCUAUAAAUCGGCUUAAAUAGCAAAGAAUGCCUCUUCCAUCAUUCUGGCUGGCUAAUAUCAUUACAUCUGUACCACAAGCAAUAUGGUCUCUUAAUUAAUUGACAAAGGCCUUGUUUUUGAUGCUUCUAAGAGGAGUUGGUCAAUUUUUUCGCAUAUUCCAUCAUGUUAUACUCAAGAAGCAUAUUCUGUAGACCAUAGCUACAUUAUACAUAGAAUGUCUAUAUUUUUCAUUUGAGUUAAAUGAAAUAAGACCUAAGUUACCCUAGUUCAAUAAAGCUAUUAAAAUUUAAAAAAUUAUAUAUAAACAUCAUAUAGUACGGGUUAUAAAUAUCUUUCAAAUAUAUUAUAUCAAAUGUUAUUUUUCUAUAAUAAUAUAUUAUUUAGUGAAAUUACAAGGCGCUCAUCGAUUGGUCUUAAUUAUUUUAAUAGAUCUCAUAUAUAGUUACGUUAAUACUAUUGACUGAUUUUAAUAUUACAUUAUAAGUACCUGUAACUUAAUACAUUACCAUCAAACCCAUUGUCACCAUGAGAUAUGUAUUCCUUAAGAUACUACGCUUAUUGAUAGAUAUAAUUAAAUUCUUCUUAAAUAGUGGCAGUAUUUCGAUAACAGUAUUAAAGUUUAAAUACACGAUGAAUAUUUAAAAUUUUCGAUUGAAAACUUCUAGGUUUCAAACGCUUAAUAGGUGAAUUAAAAAUUACUUAACGAUCAGCUUUCCGUUCAUAAAUAAAUGUCUAUAACAGUGUGUUAAUAUUUCUAUGAAUGUA